AUGGAAACAUUGCUCCACUCCAUGUAUUCUCCUUUAAUGUCUCAUAAAUAUGGCAAUUUCCCUUAUCGGAUCAAUAAAAUGAAAUCUCGCCAAGCACAAAUUGUUUCCAUCUUAGGAAUCAGUGAAGGGGUCGAUCAUGGAAGAAUAACCAAAAGGUUGCAACAUCAACAAGAUAUACCUAUUCCGGCGAUCAUGGAACGAAGAAGAGGGUUUGAGAAUACAUGUACACUGAUUCCGGUGGAUUCAAGAAAACCAUCGUCAGAGCUUUCGUUACUCGAAAAUAUAUUUUCAACACUUGAUAAAGCUAUUAUCAAGUUCAUUGAUCCUCCACUUCACCUGUCGGUUGACCCGAGCUACAUCCUUUGUGACAAUUUCGCACCAGUUGAUGAGCUAAGCCCUACCCAAUGCGAAGUCGUACAUGGGUUCAUCCCUGCAUGCCUUGAUGGUGUCUACAUCCGUAAUGGACCAAACCCGCAGUUCCCCCCUAGUGGUCCCCACCACUAUCUUGAUGGCGAUGGGAUGGUGCACUCCGUUAGGAUCCAUGGAGGUCAAGCCACUCUCUGCAGCCGAUACGUGAAGACAAACAAGUUUGUCUCUGAGCAACAAGUUAAAUCCUACAUUGUUCCAAAUAUCAUCGGAGGCAUGCAGGGACUUGGUUCCUUUGUUUCUCGUGCUGCGGUGUUCGCUGCACGAGUUGUUUUCGGGCAUUAUGAUAUUGGAAAAGGUAUCGGUGUAGCAAACACCAACAUAGCGGUUUUAGGGGGCUCGUUGUAUGCUUUAUGUGAAUCCGAUCUUCCCUAUGCAAUCAAAGUUAGAGAUGAUAAUGGUGACAUAAUAACGUUAGGUCAACAUGAUUUUGAUGGGAAGCUUAGCAUGAACAUGACGGCCCACUCAAAGAUAGAUCCAGAGACGAAGGAGGCUUUCUCGUUUCGUUACUGGGGAACACGUCCAUAUCUUACUUACUUUCGGUUUGAUGCAAACGGAAAUAAGCAACCCGACGUCCCCAUCCUCUCCAUGAAACAACCCUCUCUAACUCAUGACUUGGCUAUCACCAAAAAGUAUGCAAUCAUCUUUGAUAUUCAACUAGGAGCGGAUCCGAUGAACUUGAUCCGUGGAAGACAGUUAGUAAGUGUAGACCCGAAAAAAGUUCCAAGAAUCGGUGUUCUUCCAAGGUACGCAAAGGACGAAUCUGAUAUGAAGUGGUUUGAGGUGCCGGGAUUCAAUAUAUUUCAUGCCGUCAAUGCAUGGGAUGAGACGGAUGAAGAUGGCGGCGAGGUGGUGGUUUUGGUGGCACCAAACAUAUUGACAGUAGAACACUUCCUUGACCGGGUGGACCUGAUCCAAGCAUCCAUGGAGAAAGUGACCAUUCAUUUUCGGACUGGGGUUGUCUCGAGGCAAACUUUAUCGACUGAUAACUUGGAGUUUACGGUGAUCAAUCCAGCUUAUGUUGCCAAAAAGAACAAGUAUGUCUACGCAGCGAUCUCUGAGAAAACGCCAAUGAAAUCGAGAAUGAUGAGGACAAUAGGGGUCGCAAAGCUGGAUAUUGAGAAACGAGAAGACAACACAGAUGUACACGACCACACAGUUGCUCGUCGGAUAUACGGAGAUAACUGCUUCGGAGGUGAACCUUUCUUUGUUUCAAGAGAACCGAAGAAUCCAAACUCAAAAGAGGACGAUGGGUAUCUUGUAUCUUUUGUGCACAAUGAGAGCUUAGGAGAGUCGAGAUUCUUGGUGAUGGAUGCGCAGUCACAUUCACUAGAAAUUGUGGCUGAGGUCAAACUGCCACAACGAGUGCCUUACGGUUUACAUGGGAUAUUCGUUAGAGACAACGACCUCAAUAAGAUCUGA